AUGAUGCAACAUGAAAAAUUAAAAAUUUGUGUGAUUGGAAAUUCAAAAUGUGGUAAAACUUCUCUCAUAUUAUCGUAUUUGGAGAGUGAUCGAGAAUUACCUCAUACCACAUUGGAUGAAAUUACAUCAAAGAUCAUUUAUCAAGGACAUGAAAUUUCUCUCACCAUUUCAGAUACUAAUGGUUCUGAUGAUUAUGAUCGAUAUAGAACUCGUGUCAUGUAUCCUCAUUCUGAUAGUGAUUUGAGAGAUGAUCAUCGAUACAUUUCCAAUACUUCACAUAUUGUUUCAAGACAAGAAGUUCGAAAAUUAUUAAUUGAUUCUCAAUUAGAUCCAGCAGCGUAUAUGGAAUGUUCAGUAUAUGAUCAAGGAGUGGGUGUCAAGGAAGUAUUUGAUAAGGCUCUCGAAUUGUAUUUCUUUAGAAAGAGUAAUAAUACUUGGAGUCAUCAUCAUCACAAAUCAUCAUCACACCAUAUCAACACAACGAAUAGUGUUCAUAGUUCCAAUAUGGAUAAAAAGAAAAAGUAA